UUGCGCUGUAUUAGUCUUUUGCCACUUUGUUUGACUUUGCUUUAGUUGUCAGUCCAAUGGGGUAGAAGUAAAAGUACUGGGAAGUGUGAUGGUUUUUCAGGGUGUUGUAUUUAAAAGCAUUCCUUUGCUCUGUUAUGUGUGUUAGGGUGACUAGCAGAACUAGCCUUGGCUAUCCAUUGCAAGUCCAUGCAGAUUGCUUUGUUCAAAAUAAGCUGCAAAGCUAUCUUAUUUAGGUUAUAUCUUAUUUAGGUUAUCCUAAUAAGAUAUAUUUAUCCUUUUUAGAUACAUAUAUCUAGUCUUGCCACAAGUUUAGGCUUGUUAUUUGCAUUGCUUUAACUGUUAGGUCCAAUGGCCAGCUGUACACUUUCCCCUGUUGGGAGCAUAUGGUCUUUAAUUUGAUCAGUUCAAAAUGCUUUUUAUUUGUUAUUUGCGAUAAGCACACAGUGUAUAUGGAACAUAUAUUCUACUUUUGUCAUGUUUACAGAAUGCAUUUCUUGAAUGCAGGACUCCUCAACAAUGUAAUAGCAGCACAAUGAUUUUGUAGCUUUUUUUCAAAUUGCUGCCACAUUGCAUUGCGAUGAUAAAUGUAAUCCUUAAAAAACCUUUUUUUAAGAAAAAUCCAUCAUAAUUGGACAUUGACAAGAUGCUGACCAGAGGUCCUUGGAUGUGCACACUCAGGACCCCGAGUCUGCUGACUCUCCUGACCGCAGCCCCAGUGAAGUCUCUUCGAGUGCCUGUCGGGAAAUCCAGGAUCCAGAGCCUGCUGACUCUCCCAACCGCAGCCCCAGUGAAGUCUCAUCGAGUGCCUGUCGGGAAAUCCAGGAUCCAGAGCCUGCUGACUCUCCCAACCGCAGCCCCAGUGAAGUCUCUUCGAGUGCCUGUCGGGAAGUCCAGGAUCCAGAGCCUGCUGACUCUCCCAACCGCAGCCCCAGUGAAGUCUCUUCGAGUGCCUGUCGGGAAGUCCAGGAUCCAGAGCCUGCUGACUCUCCCAACCGCAGCCCCAGUGAAGUCUCUUCGAGUGCCUGUCGGGAAGUCCAGGAUCCAGAGCCUGCUGACUCUCCUGACCGCAGCCCCAGUGAAGUCUCUUCGAGUGCCUGUCGGGAAGUCCAGGAUCCAGAGCCUGCUGACUCUCCUGACCGCAGCCCCAGUGAAGUCUCUUCGAGUGCCUGUCGGGAAGUCCAGGAUCCAGAGCCUGCUGACUCUCCCAACCGCAGCCCCAGUGAAGUCUCUUCGAGUGCCUGUCGGGAAGUCCAGGAUCCAGAGCCUGCUGACUCUCCCAACCGCAGCCCCAGUGAAGUCUCUUCGAGUGCCUGUCGGGAAGUCCAGGAUCCAGAGCCUGCUGACUCUCCCAACCGCAGCCCCAGUGAAGUCUCUUCGAGUGCCUGUCGGGAAGUCCAGGAUCCAGAGCCUGCUGACUCUCCCAACCGCAGCCCCAGUGAAGUCUCUGGCAGUGCACCCACCCCCUGGCGAUGAACUGGCAGGAAGUCCAGGAUCCAGGUGUACUGAGGAGUGUCUAUGCAUAGGGCACAUGGCAUGCAAAGCCAUUUUUGGCAUAAUGUAGUUUAUGAAAGUAGUGAAUAAUCCCUGCUUGUGGCCAGAAUGAUCGUACCAAGUUUGAGAAUCACUAAAAUAGAGAAGAAAGUGGUCAA